AUGGCGGGAUUCGGCGAAAAAGACGAAACUCUAGGCCAAAAAGGCGAAACUUUUGGCCAAGGCGGUGUUUUUAAGCCUGGCCAGAAUGCCGAUCUCGAAGGACAACGACGAUAUAGCUCGACUGUUGUCCAAGGACGCAAGAUGAGCAGGAUCGCUCCUCCUCCGCGAACAGGCUCUCAGGCCGUACCACCUCCUGUGCCCGCCGACGAUGUUUCAUCCCAAGACGAGUUCAGCAAACUUGUUGAAAUGGAGGCUGACGAUGCUAUCAAGUAUCGAACUUGCUCCUGGCAAAAGACUGCAGCACUGCUCUUUUCCGAGUACAUCUGCUUGGCUAUCAUGUCGUUUCCAUAUUCGUACUCGAUACUCGGCCUGGUCCCUGGGCUGAUCUUGACUGUGGUACAAGCCGGCUUCGUUCUGUACACCUCGCUUAUCGUCUGGGAAUUCUGUCUCCGUCACCCCGAGACCAAAGACGUAUGCGACAUUGGACAGAUGCUUUUCUUCAACUCAAAAGCGGCAUGGUACUUCACGGCCAUUAUGUUCCUCCUGAACAACACGUUCAUUCAGGGUCUUCACAUCCUGACUAUCUCCCGGUACCUCAACACCAUGAGUGGCCAUGCCAUGUGCACUGUUGGCUUCGCCGCCAUCGGCGCCGUCGUCUGCUGGCUGUGCUCCAUGCCGCGCACUUUCAGCGCCUUGUCCAAACUGGGCGCCGCCUCCGCGUUCUUUACCUUCAUCGCUGUCAUCCUCGCCUCUGCUUUCGCCGGCGCCGAAGGCAAGCACGGCACCGCCGGCUACAACCCGGACCCGAAUCACAUGGUCGAUGGAGUCAAGAUGGGUGGCGAACCAAUUGUUCUGGUGAUUCCAGCCGUCGGCACCACUUUUGUCUCAGGCAUGAAUGCCUUCCUCAACAUCAGUUACACGUUCAUUGGCCAGAUCACGUUGCCCAGUUUCAUCGCUGAGAUGAAGAACCCUUAUGACUUCAGAAAGGCCAUUUGGGUCGUCACGAUCUGCGAGAUCAUUCUGUUCAGCUUGGUCGGUGGAAUUGUCUACGGUUACACCGGCACACAAUACAACACCGCCCCGGCCUUCUACUCGCUCGGCAACGAACUGUACAAGAAGGUCUCGUUCUCAUUCAUGAUCCCCACGCUGAUCUUUUUGGGCGUGUUGUACGCGUCUGUCUCCGCGCGCUUCAUCUUCUUCCACAUCUUCGAGGGCACCAGACACAAAUCUUCGCACACGGUCAUCGGAUGGGCCACGUGGGCCGGCAUCCUGGCUGUCACUUGGGUCUUCGCCUUCAUCAUCGCCGAAGUCAUUCCCUUUUUCGCCGAUCUCCUGGCCUUGAUGAGCAGUCUUUUCGAUUCCUUCUUUGGCUGGAUCUUCUGGGGAGUCGCGUACAUGAGAAUGCGCCAUGCCGAUUUGGGACCGGGCUUUUACAAGAAGAGAGGCAUUAGAGGCUGGAUUGGAUUUCUGAUUAACGUGUUCAUUAUCAUUGUGGGAAUCUAUUUCCUGACUGCCGGCACUUAUACUUCUGUAGAGAGUAUUCUCUUGGACUACAAGGCUGGAAACGUCAAGGGUGUGUUCACUUGUGCCAACAAUGGUUAG